UCAGAGUAUUCUGUCUGAGUCGAGUACUACGUUGCAAAAGAAGUCUUUGUUGUGCUGCAUUUAACUUGGUUUUCAAAUAAGUUGUGUAGUAGUUUUGGAGUAUUUACUUUUGCGCAUUGACUAAUUUGACAAAAAACCUUUAAAAAUGAAUCAAUGGGGGCAUGAGCAGUUCCCAAUGCCGCCUAACAUGAUGGGUCCUCCAAUGAAUCCAAUGAUGCAAAUGCAUCCACAUCCGCCAUUGUUACCUCCACCCAUGUUGCAAAACAUGAUGGAUAUGCCUAAUAACAUGGGUGGGAUGCCGCCUGGGCCUCAAAUUGGACCUAUGCUGCCUGAAGGUAUGCAGAGUGCCUCUCAGCAAGACGUUCAGGACCCGAGUGUAGAGUCUAGCGAGGUGCAGGUGAUUGAGGACGAUACGCCUGCCCCGGGAUCAUCCAGACCUGGCAAUGAGGGAGGAUCAGGAAACAGGAGGGACUCUAGGAACAAUCGGGAUCGGGACAGAGAUCAGCGCCCCCGUCCUGGCAGGCCUGACCGUAGCAGGGAUGACCGUCCAAGAGAGCACCAUGAUAGAAAUGCCCGGCCGGGCAAUAAAAGGAUGGCUGACCGGGCCAAUGACAGGAACCGCAAUGAACGUCCAGACAACCGGCCAGAUAGGAGACAUGAUCGUCCGGAAAGGAGGUCAAGAUUUGACAGUGGUGACAAGGUACCUGAUAAGGCCCCUGGGAAUAUGCUGCCUGGAGCUAUGAUGAUGCCAGGUCCUAGUGGCAUGAUGCCAUUUGGUAUGAUGCAGCAGCCUGGCCAGAUGGAAAUGCAGCCAAUGGCUGGCAUGCCUCAUCCCAACAUGCCUACCAUAGCCAACAUGCAAAACAUGCCUGGCAUGAUGCCGGGAAUGAUGCAGAUGAACCCAAUGAUGGACCAGAACAUGUUCAUGAUGAACCAACAAAUGAUGCCAAUGAUGCAUCCCCCUAACCAGCCAAUCUAUUGCAGCUCUGUUGUCCUCUUAACUCCGAUCCCUGGAGCUUCCUUACCAAACCGCAGAGAGCGGCCACCAGGCUGCCGCACAAUCUUCGUUGGAGGCUUACCUAACAGUGUGAAGGAAGAUAUUCUUCAAGAGAUAUUCCAACGGUUUGGAAACAUUACGGACAUCAAGUUGCACAGACAGGGGGUGUGUCACAUCAGAUUUGAGAAGCAGGAAAGCGUGGAGGCUUCGUUCAGCAUCUCUGGAUUCAGAUUCAAGUAUCACAACCAGGGCGACAGUGAGGCCACUACUAUCUUCGUGGACUUUGCUCUGAACCGUGACGACUAUGCAGAGUUUGAGAGAAACAAGCGCGGCAAACGCGAUGCGACGCCGCCGCGCAUCGAGCCACUCACGCCUGCCUCUCUCCAGACCAUUACCGAGAAGGUCAAAAGUGAUGACCAGUUCGCUGAAGCAGCACCUACUCUAGUGGGCUGGCUGGAACGCGGCGAAUGCAACAAGAAGAACUCCAACGCUUUCUACUCGCUCAUCCAAGCCUCCAACAACCAGAUCCGCCGCCUCUUCAACGAGAAAAUGGUUCUAGACGACGAAUAUCAGAACAUGAAGCUCACUAUGAAGGAGAAAUUCGCGCAUAUACUGCUGCAAUUCGAGCAGGUAGCGAAAAUACUCUCCGCUGCGCGCCAUCAGCGCGUCUCCGACCACUUUAGCAAGCAGCAACGCAGGAACAUCGAGAUGUGGCUCAAGAUGACUGAGGAGGUGGAAAACAUAAAAGAAGAGUUUGAAUCGAACUUCAAUGAGGACGAAAUUGAGAAGAUCGGAAAGAACACCGUGCCUCAAGAGAAAUACGAUGAACUCAGGGCAGAGCACGAGAACCUGAUGUACGAGCUAGAAGGCUACAAGAACGAGGCGCACCUCGCCAAGGAUGAGGCCGAGAGAAAGUUCGAGACGUUCAAGGCGCACUUCAUCGCUCAACACAACUUGAACAACAAGCAUCAAUCGUACCCGCCGCUGCCGCCGCCGCCGACGCCGCGCCUGGAGCCCGCCAAGCCGCAGCCGCCGCCGCCCACGCCCGACGACAACAAGUACAUAGUCUCCGGCCCCUCCGUCCCCCCCUCCGAGGCCAAGCUCAUCUCCAUCCUCACCGCCUUCCUCAUGGUGCAUCCGCUCGGCGCUUCUCUCGACUAUCUCGUCUCCUACGUGAGAAGCAUGACCCCUAAUGUAACACAAGCCACGGUACAAGAGAUCCUGCAGAAGUACGAUGACGUGUUCCGCAGAGUCACGUCGGGCGUUGGAGCGUCUAUUGAGACUAGGUGGUGCUAUGUUACGUUUGAUACUAUUAAGUUGGAGCAGCAUAGUUAAGUGUGUUACUGGUUUUACCUGUUGUAUGUUAAAGGUGGUUUGAUACAACCUGAUCUUAGUCUAGUUAAACGCUUCAUGUCACCAUGUGUUGUCAUAGUUUCACAACGAGUUUUUAGUUUGAGCAUGACUGUAAAUAUUUGUUCUUUUAUCGUUAAAGAAAUCAUUAAAUUGUAAAAUAAAUGAGGAUUACAUAUAAUGGAUACCAAGGUAUCCACAAUUAUAUUCAGGUGUUUUGGCAUGUUUAAAUUUAGAUUAAUUAGUAGAGUUGAUGGAAAAUACGUUAAUAGAUUGUGUGUGUGAUGAAAAAAAACCUAGAUACUAUCUUAAAAUAGUACAUUACGAUACAAGUGCGUAAAAAAGGAAGUUCGAAACGAGUGACGAUAAAUUAAAACACAAUCGAAGGGUGUUUUAAA